UCCCUGGACGAGUCAUCAAUGAAUGGGAUGUGCGAUAGGAAUGACUUCUUAUACGACAUUCUCGACGACAACAACUUCAGCGUCGAAGAGCUUAACAAACAGAUUAUGGACAUUGAAAACGGCGUUCAAAGCGAUAGUAUGGACGACACCAACACCUGUCCGACCAGUGAUGAUGAUAAUGACAUUUCUAUGGAUGUGCUUCAGAGGGCCGUGGAGUUUGAGUUGGCGGUCAUUCCCAUCGCCCGACCUGUCAGUGAAUACCACCACGACUUCAAUACCACGGAAUCCUAUCUAUUGAAUGAAUUAUUCAAUUCAACCAAAAUUAUUGGCCAACCCUUGACUAAGAUCACGCUUGAGAUCACGAAUAUGGAGGAAUUCAAUCGCACCGUUAGCUUUAAGUUUGACAGAGGGAUCCGUAACUUCACGCGUGGUGUCAAAGGGUUGACGGCAUUCAAGAAUAUUCUUCAUGAGGACAGGAUCUCGUUACUGAAGUAUGGCUGCGUUGAGACGCUACUGAUGCGCACCGUUAUGCACGUAGACUACCAGGAAGAGUGUAUGAGACUGCCCUGGGAUAAGGAAAAUUCAUUGAUGUUUAAACUGAAGUAUUUGAAAUCAUUUAAACCCGAAGUUUACAACUCGUAUAUUAGAUAUUUAAGCAAAAUGUCGCCCAUUUGGGACUCGGAUGUGGCUAUUAUAGAUUUGAUGAUGCCAAUUAUAUUAUUUAAUCCGGAUCGUCCUAAUCUCAUUAAUAGAGACGUUGUCAAAGUGCAACAACAUAUGUAUAUGUAUUUACUUGAGCGCUACUUAAUAUUAAAGUAUCGAUCGGAAUGUGAGGCAAAGUCACGAUUCUUGAGACUAAUGAAUACAUUGAAUGACGUGAAUAUUCUGCGAGAGAUGCAAAAGAAACAUACUUUACAACUCUGCAACUCAUCCCUUGUGACCCCACUCUUGCUAGAGGUGUUUGAUGUCAAGUCUACGGCACCGGUAGAGUCGGGCAGCUCUUCAAUUGAUUUCAUAUCAUCUCCCAUCUCAUCGGACUUGUAG